AAAAAAUUUUUAUCAAAUGAUUGCUAUAUGAAACCAAACAUUAAUCCCAAUACUCCAUACUCCAGAGGCAGAGGCAGGAAGAUGUCUGUGAGUUCAUAAUAAAACCAAAACCCAGCCAGGCAGCAGAGGCAGGCGGUCUCUAUGAAUUCAAGGCCAGCCUGGUCUACAAAGUGAGUUUUAGGACAGCCAGGGCUACAUAGAAAAACCCUGUCUCAAAAACAAACAAACAAAAACCAAAACAGAACUCUAGGUAAUUCUAAACACCUACAUAUGUUGCCUUAACCUACUUACAUGCCUAAUGUUUGACAAAUAUUCACAAUGUGGUCAAAAACUGACUAUAAUUGAUAAAAGUACUUAUACGGAGGUCCUGAAGUGCACUUGAAUUUGUGGGCUUUUGUCACUAUUUUUUUUUGGUGGGGGGGAGGGUUUGAGACAGGGUUUCUCUGUGUAGUUUUGGUGCCUGUCCUGGAUCUUGCUCUGUAGACCAGGCUGGCCUCGAACUCACAGAGAUCCACCUAGCUCUGCCUCCCGAGUGCUGGGAUUACAGGUGUGCACCACCAUGGCCUGGCUGGCUUUUGUCACUAUUGUGAGAUGCAGUCUUACUCUUUCCCGAGGCUAGCCUCAAAACCAGGACAAUCCUGCCUCGGCCUUCUGAAUGCUGAGAUUACAGGCAUGAGUCAGCAGACUCAGCACUGGCUCUUUUCUUGAAGGGAGUAACUGCACAUUUACAUACCAUGACUGCAAUAAAAUUCCACGAUACUCUCACAAAAAAUAUAAAUUUCUGGUGUGUAAGAAAUGAAAAGUAAUGUAAUGUUUUUGUUUUUGAAAGAUUUAUUUUUAUGUGUCUGUGUGCCUGCAUGUAUGUAAGUGCACUACAAGCCUGCCUGGUGUCCAGAGGCCAGAAGAAAGUAUCGGAUCCAGAUUACAUACAGGUGUUGUGUGCUGGCAUGUGGGUGCUGGGAACCAAACCUAGGUCCUCAGCAACAGCAGCAAGUUCUAGUAAGCACUUACCCACCUCUCCAGGCCUCCUAUUUGUAUGUGUAAGCACGCCACACCGUUCGAGUGAAGGUCAGAAGACAAUUUGUGGACACCAGGUGUCCUGUCCUUCUACCAUGCAAGUCCUGAGGAUCCAACUUAGGUCAUCAGGUUUGGUGGAGGCCACCGUCAGUGAAAGCCACCGAAUUAUUUCACUGGACCCUAAUAUUUACAUUUAUUUUUGAGAGUCUUGCUAUAUAGGCCAAAUUUGUAACUCCCCUGCCUUAGACUACUGAACUCUGGGAUAAGAGGUUUGUGCCACCACUCAGAAAUAUUUUCAAAUUUAAUCCUAUUUAUUUGGUUUUUUUGGGAGAGGAUGUUGCUAUGUAGCUCUGGCCUAAACAACUCACUAUGUAGACCAAACUAUACUUGAACUUGCAGUGAUUCACCUCUCUGUAGGUCUCCAGAGUGCUGGGAUUAUAGGCAGCACCACCACACACAGCUAUUUAUUAAUUUAUUUUAUUUUGACCAGGUCUCAUUAUGUUGUCCAGGUUGGUCUCAAUUCCUAGGUUCCAGCCAUGUCCUACCUCAGCCUCCCCAGUAGACUGGUAUACACAUUACAACUAACUCAGAAAAACUUUUUUUUUUUUUGAGACAGGGUUCCCUGUGUAGUCCUGGAUGUCCUGGAACUUGCUCUGUGGACCAGGCAGGCCUGAGCUCACAGAGAUUCACCUGCCACCUGCCACCCGAGUGCAUGUGCCACUAUACCCAGCACCUUUGGGUUCUUAUUGAAGAAACAAAGACUGUUUUAGACAGAUCAAUUAUCUUAGCUCUUAUAAAUGUCCCAAGAGCUGGGGGGUUUAGUUCAGUAUGUAGAACAUACAGGGUUCAGUCCCUAGAACUCCCAGCAACCUACAAACAGGGCGUGGUGGUAUAGUGGUGGUAUACCUUCAAUUUAAGUGCUUGGAAUUGUAAAUGGAGGCAGGAUCUGGAGUUCAAGGUCAUCCUCAAUUACCUAGUUUAAAGUCAGCCUGGUCUACACUAAACUUUGUCUCAGAAAAACAAAACUACUUUAAUAAAUUUUUUCUUGAAUUUUACUUAUAAAGAGGAGAUUCAAUUAUGAAAAAAUUAUCUAACAACAUGAACAGUAACUCUGAUUCUACAACAAACCUUUCCACAUCAACAAAACUCAAAAGGCUGAGCUGCUACAGGACACUGGUAAUGAUAAGUCUUGAAAAUCUAGUGUGAUUUUUCCAAUUCCCAAAAGCAGUGCUACUGGUUUUAUUUAUUUUUUUUUUUUAAAGAGUCACUGUGCUGAACAAGAAUAAGAUGGUGCAUACAUCUCUCAGCAAUCCUCCUGCUUUGGCCUUCCAAGUGUUGGGAGUACAAACCACACCUACCUUAAACUGUUUCUUCAGGAAUAGCAAAAAUUCAGGGUUUGGGGAGAUGGCUCAGUGAUAAAGUGGUUGAUCCUCAAACAUAAGAACCUGACUUUCACUCCCCAGAGCUUGCUGGCCAACCAGUGAGAUUCUGUCUCAAAAGAUAAGGUGUAAAGCAAAAGAGGAAGGCACCUGACCUCUAUGGCCUCUGCAUGCAUAUUCGCACAUAUGCAUACACCACACACACACACACACACACAAAGUAAAAAUUCAGAAGGGAAUUUUAAGGUCACCUCAGAAGUCAUAUACAUACAUACAUACUCAUCUAUCUACCUAUCUCUACCUCUAUCCAUAUAUCUACAUAUACACACAUAUAUAUACACACACAUAUAUAUACAUAUACAUACAUAUAUACAUAUACAUAUAUAUAUAAUCUAGUUCUGCUGUGACACGAUCUCGUGCUACCGAAGCUGGCUUCAAACUCACUCUGUAGCCACAGCUGGCCUUGAAUUAGAAUUACAGCUGUCUGACACCACAUCUAGCCCCUGUCCCUUUUUGUUUGAGAUAGGUCUCACUAUAUAGCUUUGACAAGCUUGGACCUCAAUAUGUAGACCAAAUUGGCCUUGAAAUCUCAGAUAUACUUGCCUCUGACUCUUGAGUGCUAGAAUUAAAGGUAUGCUCCACCAAGCCCAUCUCUAUUUUUGAAAUUUUAAUUUAUGAGUGCUUUACCUACAUUUAUGUGUAUGCACCAUGUGCAUGCCUGGUGGAGGUCAAGAGUGUGUUGGAUCACCUGGAACUGGAGUCCCACACAGUUAUGAGCCACUGUGUGGGUGCUAGGAACUGACCCGGGGUCCUCUGCAAGAGCUCUUAACCACUAACUCAUCUCCCCAGCACAUACACACGGCUACUGGUCUGCAAUGAACAAAAUCUACAUUCCUGAAUCCCAGCCACUUGGAAGAGGCAGGCAAAUCUCUGUGAUCCAUGCCAGACAGGGCUACAUAGUGAGACCUUGUCUUAAAACCAUGGCACUGGGAGGCAGAGGCAGGUGGAUCUCUGAGUUCAAGGCCAGCCUGAUCUACAGAGUGAGUUCCAGGACAGCCAAGGCUACAUAGUGAGAUCCUGUCUUGAAAAAACAAAAUAAAAGGCAAAACGAAACCAACCAACCAAAAAACUCUUCUACAAUGAAGCAAAAUGUAAGAAUUUUGGGGUACUUCAAAUAUAUAAGAAUAUGAGUGUAGCAUGAAUCUUAAAAGUUCUUAUUAAUAAAAUCAAACCCGGGGCCAGUUAUUGGGGUGAACACUGGAUGGUCAGAGAGAUAGAACAAGCCACAGCUAACCUCACCUGGCCAACUCCUCAGCUGAUCUUGUUUCCUCAGACUGGAAGCCUCUGUGUCCUCAUAUCCGAAUGGCUCUCAGCUGAACUGUGCUGCUAGAAGCCUGAAAGCUUAACCAGCCAAAUGCUUCCAGUUUCUGGUCCUCAUGCCUUAUAUAUCUUUCUGCUUUCUACCACCACUCCCUGGGAUUAAAGGCAUGUGUCACCAUGCCUAGCUGUUUCUAAUGUGGCCUUGAACUCACAGAGAUACCAGAUGAAUUUCUGCCUCUGGAGUGCUAGGAUUAAAGGUGUGAGUGCCACCAUUUUCUAGCCUUUGUGUCUAGUGGCUGUUCUGUCUCUGACCCCAGAUAAGUUUAUUAGGGUGCACAGUAUUUUGGGGAACAGAAUAUUUCCAUAUAUGAGGGAAAUGACCAACACCUCUCCAAUAAGGUAAUGAACAGAACUUGCUCUAGCCUCCAGAAGGCUACAGGAGGAAAUUAAUGGAGUUCUGAAGCCUUCUUUUAAGAUUUUAUUAUUUUUAAUCAUGUGUCUGUGUGUAGGGGUGUGUGAACAUGAGUACAAGUGCUCUUAGUGGCCAGAGGUGUUGGAUUCCCUGGAGACAGAGGACAAACAGUUGUAAGCCACCUGAUGUGGAUGCUGGGAAAUGAACUUGGGCCCCCUAAAAGAGCACUUUGUACUCUUCACCACUGAGGCCACCUCUCCAGCCCCCGGAGGAUACGUUAAACAUGUAAUUCUGCAUCUCUGGAAAAUGCCAAUACAACUUUCAGGCAAAAGCAAGAUAUCAAAUUGGGGACUGGAAGGAACAUCUUCCGUUUAGUUCUUAAUAAUGUACACUUAGCCUAGUAACAUUCAAACAAUCUGAAAAGAGAAAAAAACCACAUGGUGGUACACAUGGAACUCAAACACUCAGGAAGGCAGGGCAAGAACGGAGACUUCAAGUUCAGCUUUGGCUACGUAUUAAGUUCAUAGCCAGCCUGGUCUACACAUUGAAUUCCAGGAUAACCAGGGCUAUGCAGAGAGACCCUGUCUCAAAAACAAACAAAAAAGGAUGGAUGGAUGGAAGGGUGGAUCAUGGGAAGUACACACAGAAGCAUAAAUAUUUCAGAAGCAAGUAUCUUCUUCAGAAGCAAGUAUCGGUAACUAGGAGUAAUUUGGAGAAGCAUUUCCACUUCUGCCUAUGAAUCCUAUAGCGUGACUGGUCUCUAGGAGUUGGCCAGUCAGGUAAAUAUAAAAUGUCAAUUACUUUAUAGUGACAACUGCUUUGGUGCCAUGAGACACUGACCCUACUCAGUUUCCUUAGAUGGCUUCCCUUAGGUGUACGCCACAGCCAUAUAUUGGUAAGGCAGGUCUUAUAUAUGUGCUAAUAAGUUUAUUGGUCGGGAGGGGAAGGACAGGGGCUCGUGUGUGCUAGGCAAGCACUCUACCAUCAGAGCUCCAUUCCCAGACCCCCAGAGCUUCGGAAGAAGCUAUUUCGGAAGCAGAAAGGGAUGUCUGCACAGGUACAGAGGAGUGGUCACUAGCAGCGCCUGGGAGGGAAGAUAUGUUUGCCAUUUCAAAUUAGGAGCCUGAGGCAUUUAGGAUCUUCAUGAGCCUCACCUGCUCUAUCUGAGAACUGUCUGUAUUCACUUUGUGUAUGUGUAUGCAGGUACAUGCGUGUGGGCACGUGAAUACACAUGCACACGGAGUCCAGAGGGCAACCUUUGGUGCUAUCUCCCACAGACAUAUUCUUAUUUACUUAGUUGAGACAAGGUUUCUUAUUGGUCUGUAACUAGCCAAGUACACUCAGGUUUGCCUGGUCAGCAAACACCAGAGAUCCUGCCUCUCUAGCAUCCCCCACUCCCAGUUGGGUUUCUUCUGUGUAGCCAUAGCUGUUCUUGAACUUGCUUUGUAGACCAGGCUAGCCUCAAACUCAAGAGAUUAGCCUAAAGAUGGGCGGUGGUAAUGCACACCUUUAAUCCCAGCACCCAGGAGGCAGAGGCAGGGGGAUCUCUAUGAGUUCGAGGCCAGCCUGGUUUACAGAGCAAGUUCCAGGACAGGCUCCAAAGUUAGAGAGAGAAACCCUGUCUUGGCGGGGCAGAGAAGAGUUCAGCCUGCCUGUGCCUUCAAAAUGCUGGGAUUAAAAAAAUGGGCCACCACACCUGGCAUCUUUCUUUUGUCUAUGAGUGUUUGUGUGCAUGAAUGUAUUUGCUCCACAUGCAUGCCUAGUACCCAGGGAGGUCAGAGAAGGGCCCUGGAACUGAAGCCCCAGUCCACUAAGAGAAGUAAGUGCUCAUGACUACUGAGCAUUGCUCCAGGCCCCUAGCAACUUGUUUUACUUGGGUUCUGGGGACUGAACUCAGGUCUUCAUGCUUACAUACUUUAAAGGCAGAGCUGUCUCUCCCUCUCACUGUUUGUUAAGAUAGGGUCUCACUGUAGCUCAGAAUGGUGUCCAAUAUGACAAUCACCUACCUCAGCCUCCUGAGUAUAAGGAUUACAGGCAUGAGUCACCACUCCCAGCUAUUCCCAACUAUUUAAAAUCAAGGAAUGGAAAAGCUCAUGUGUCAUCCUUAAGUACGGUUAAGCCUUCAACUAUAAAUGAGUAACACAUUUCUGCACCUGGUAUAGUAUUGCCAUUUAGUAGCAUCUAAAGGUUUAACUAGAUUGCUUCACAAUGGAGGAUGAAUCACAGGAGUCUAGGGGCCUCCUCCAAUAGACUCUUGACAAAAGAACCACAGAUAACCUCGAAGCCCCCUUUCAGCUCCUAUGACUAGACUCCUACCAAGUUCAUGCCAUCUUUCUCUAACCCAUCCCCCACUCCAACUCUCUGUUCCUGUGCAUGCUAAGCUAAAUGCUCCUCCACUGAACUACAUCCUCAUUUUUUUGGAGGUGGGGGUUCCAGACAGGGUGUCUCUAUGUAACAGCCCUAGCUGUCUUGGAACUCAAUCUGUAGACCAGGCUGGCCUCGAACUCACAGAGAUCUGCCUGCCUCUGCCUCCAGAGUGCUGGGAUCAAAGGUGUGCGCCACCAGCGCCUGGCUUCCUUUUUUCUUUUGGAGACAGUCUAAAACUAUAGCCAAGGUUAGCCUCCAAUUUGUGGGUAUUCCUCCUGCCUCUGCCUCCCAAGUGCUGGGAUUAGCAUGAGCCACCAUACCAGGCUCUUCAUCUUUUCUUGAUCAGGGUAAAGUGAACAUUACAGAUGGAACUACAGGAUGGACAGUACACUGAUGCUUCAGUGAGUUCUUAAACAGGUGUUUAGCUACUUGGCUGAUACCUGGAACCCUAGCUAAGGCAAGUGGGCUGCUAUGAAUUUAAGGCCACUGAACAGAGCCAGGUGGAUCUUUGUGAGUUCGAGGCCAGCCUGGUCUACAGAGUGAGAUCCAGGACAGGUGCAAAGCAAAGCUACACAGAGAAACUCUGUCUCGAAAAACCAAAUAAAUAAAUAAAUAAAUAAAUAAAUAAACAAACAAAUAAAAUGUUGUUUCUCCUGAUACAACAUUAAAAAAAAAAAAGUUAACUUAAGUCUAUGAAAUGAGGUCUAGGUCAGCCUGGUCAGCCUGGGCUACAGAAUACGGCCAUGUCUCAAAAAAAAAAUGUAGUUCACAUUUUGAAUUAAGAACUCUAAUGGGGGCUGGGGAUAAAGCUCAGUUGGAAGUAUGAUUGCCUAGAAUGCACAAAGCUCUGGGUUCAAUCCCCAAUACCACAUAAAUUGUAUAUGACGGUACACUCCUGUAAUUUUAGCACUCAGAAGUGCAGGCAGGAUGAUCAGGAGUUCAAAGGUCAUUCUUGGCUACAAAGAGUUCCAGGCCAGCAGGGCUCCAGGAGACCCUGUCUUAAUCUUAAAUCACAACUGAAGCAGUGGUGUACACCUGGGAACACUUGAGGGGCUCAAACAGAUGGCUCCAGGCCAACUUGGGCUAAAUAGAGACCCUGUCUGAAAAAAACAAGCAAACAACCACAAUAACAACAAUAGUAAUAAAACCCUGCAGACAGACCCAUUAGGAGGCCCUUGCUGCCAAGUCUGACAACAGGAGUUCUCACCCUAGGAACACAGGUGAUGGAAAAACUGACUGCCACAAAUUCUGACCUCCACAUGUGUGCAUGAACACACACAAAGAAAGUAAAUAAUAUUGGGUGUGGCGGCACAUGCCUAUAAUCCAAGAACUUGGGAAGUGGAGGAAGGAAGUUCAAGGCCAGCUUAAACUACACAAGGAGUUCAGGGUCAGUCUGGGCUAUCUGAAACUGUUUCAAAAGUGCAAGGGGAAAAACAGCCUGGUAUAGUAGCUCACACCUGUAAUUCCAGCACUCAUGUAGUUGAGGCAGGAGGAAUACCCUGAGUUUGAGUCCAGUCUGGGCUAGAGUAAGACAUCUCAAAAAACCAAAAGAACGCUAGUUUUUGGUUGUAAGAUUUUUUUUCCUUCAAAGCAUCUGAGGGACACAGGAAGAAAUUAGUUUCAACUAUGAAGUCAUCACAUAAGACCUUUUUAUUUUGAAAUGAGUCUCACUAUGUAGCCCUGGCAGGCCUGGAACUCUCUAUGUAGACCAGGCUGGCCUCGAAUUUGUAAGAGAUCCACCACACCCAGCCAGAAAGACUUUUUUAUUAAUACAGGGAGCAGUCCUUCAACUUUGAAGAAACUUUCAUGGGUCCUACUGUUAAAGCAAAGGCCUAGGAAUGAGACCUUCUAUAACUAGUAAAAUUCAUUACAGGGUGCCCACAGAUACCAAUGCCUAGUUAGCCACCUACUCCAGAGCCUACCUGGACACAGUUUUAACUGACAGCUGAACUACAAAACUAUCAUUUGAAGGUGUAGCCUGGAAAGCUCUAGGAAUCUGUGACUCAGUAAGAGAACAUCACAUCAAAUGCCAGUCGUUUAAAUGCUGGCACUGCUAUAAUUUUAAGUUUAUUCUUUCAAAGAAAUGUCUCCCCUAAAUUCUAUAUACCACAUACAUAAAGUAUAUCAAAACUGCCCUUUCUACUUAAGUACCUUCUACAUCCACAGGAGAUAUGUAUGCCUCUAGUAACAAUGGAACAUUGGCACAGAAAACACUCUUUAGUUUGUGGAACAAGACUGUCAACGGGACAUUGUGUAGGCUUACAAAGAUCACACUGGAAUUAGCUCGCUUUUCCCUUGUAGCACAGCCAUUUCGCCCAUAAGUUACAGCUCGGAUUUCAAAACGCAAACAGAUGUUUUUGAAGCAUCCGAAAUGGGCCACUCCAUUUCUAUUACUGGACCGUGGUGACUCUGAAUUAUUUUCUGUUCCAACCCUGCCAAGGGCAGAACCCCAUCCCUUUGUUGUAAAAUUUUGAAGUGGGCCAGCACACUUUAGAAGUUUCCAAAAGUGGCUGGUGACGUUCGAGAUCAGGCCAUCGGGGGGGGAGUAUGGGGCUCGAUGGGAGAAAUCUUGAGGGCAAGGGAGCUCAAGAGAUUUCCAAGCACUGAGCCCGAGCUUUCCACGUGCCCGGAUCGAGUUGGUCCCAGGGGAGGUGGUGGUUGCUAUAGUAGUUAGAGGGCUGUUGCUUUUCGCGGCCCCGAGAGGUGGGAUGGACUUGGUGUAUGGGGGUGGGGAGAGGUGGGUGCAAUCCGGCCGGGCGCCCUCCGAGCCUCCAGCUGACCAGCACCGCUGAGGACGUGCGGCCAGAGCGGCAACCUCGGCCGGUCCCUGCGAGCCAGUGUCUCCAACUGGCGUCGCGCCCACCUCGUCCUUCAGACGGGGGUCUAGCUACGCCGGGCCUGGCAGCCAUACCCAGAAUGCGUGGGGGUGGGGAGAGGCCUUGGCAGAGCUCGGCCUCAGGACCCGCGGCCCGGUGGAAGCACAGCAAAGGGGAAGCCGUCUUAUUGGCCUCUCCUCUGCUGGGAUCACGGGAAAUACGCGGUAAUGACCCAAAAGCCCCGCUCUCACAGGCGGGGCUGCGGGGCUGCGGGGCAGCGGGGCUGCCGGGACGGUUUGAGGACUGGGCUCGGCCGGGGAGACACCAACCUUCACCCUCCCCGGCCCCCGACCCGUCUCCCCGCCGUCUCCCGGAGCCGCCACUUCGGGCAGCCCACUCGGCCCGGCCUCUCCCCGCGCCCGGACCACCCCCCAUGGGGUGCUCUCACUGCGCAGCGAGUCCCUCCGCUGCCUCCUCCCAGCCCAAAAUGGCGGCGGCGGCGGCCACCGAGCUGCUCGUCGCCUUCCUCAAAGCUAGGGAUCACUCCGCGCGCAGGCCCCGCCCCUCCCCGCCGGACCUAUUUUUCUUCCUGGUGGAGACUAACGCCAUCAAUGAACUCUUUAAUUGAGUUCUGGCAGGGCGGGUCUAGUUGUGCUUCCGCACGGCUAGUUGUUGACAAAAGUGAGAAGAUUGACAGACAGGUGACCCAAUCAAAGGAGAGACUGGUGAUACUAGUUAGAAGCAUCUACUGAAAGAGUAGGAGAAGAUGGCCACUCUGAACCAUACCAGCUCUAACACAGAGUCACCAGCAGCCCUGGAGAAGGCGAAGACCUCUGGUGGUCUGCCGAGCCCCCAGAUAGCCACUGAGCCUCAUGACUUUGGUGGUCCCCUGCUUCUGCCAUCAGGAAAGGAGAUUGACUCGGAGGAUGAAGGUGUUGCUCCAGCUGGGGGUGGCUCAGGUUGUCGCAGUAGGGGUUCUCGGACCCAGAGCCCCCGGCCCUGUUCGGUGGAGGCGGUGCUGGCCCGAAAGAAGCACCGCAGGCGGCCGUCAAAGCGGAAGCGGCAUUGGCGGCCUUACCUGGAGCUGAGCUGGGCUGAGAAGCAGCAGCGAGAUGAGAGGCAGAGCCAGAGGGCCUCCCGGGUCCGCGAGGAGAUGUUCGCCAAAGGCCAGCCCCUGGCUCCCUACAACACCACCCAGUUCCUCAUGAACGACCGAGACCUGGAGGAGCCUGACUUGGAUGUGCUCCACGGGCCUUCGCACCCAGGCUCCAGUGGGGAGAAUGAGGCAGGGGACAGCGAUGGGCAGGGCCGAGCGCAUGGGGAGUUUCAGCAGAGGGACUUCUCGGAGGCCUAUGAGCGGUACCACACUGAGAGCCUGCAGGGCCGCAGCAAGCAGGAGCUGGUGCGAGACUACCUGGAUCUAGAGAGGCGGCUGUCGCAGGCCGAGCAAGAAACUCGGAGGCUCCAGCAGCUGCAGGGGCGCCCUAGCAGGCAACCCUGCCAACAGGUGGAAGAGCUGGCCGCUGAGGUGGAGAGGCUCCGGACUGAAAACCAGAGGCUUCGGCAGGAGAACGAGAUGUGGAACCGAGAUAGCAGCUGCUGUGACCAGGAGAAGCCAGCCACAGAAGGGACCCCCAGGCCCAAGGAUGAGGCCCCAUUUCAUACCCAGGCAGGCCAGCUGGGUCGCAGGGAGGCAGGUGACAGAUGAAAGCUACUCCCCGCACCCCUCCCUCCACUGAGAACUUCUAAGACAGGUCAGAGUUUCCUCUUGUCAUCUCCAUGAUUGGGUCUCUGAUGUCAUCUUACCUUUUACAGAGGAAUUAAAUGACCUUGUGAGAA